CGAACUCUACGGUGGAGGCGGAGCGCUCUCUGGCUGCUUCCUGCGAGCGGGUCUGUGUGUGUUUGUGCAACCGGACAAGGAGCGGGAGCAGACGGCAUUUAAAAAGUAAAACGUGUGAUGGAGGGCCCUGGCUGUCUGCUCGAGCGGUUUGAGAAGAGCCAUCGCCUGCUUAUCCAGGCCCUGAUGUCAGGCAGCUCCGGUGCCAGCCUGGCGCUAAGGGUGUUCCAACGCUCGAGCACCCCAGACAGGGGGGGCUUUCACUGGGGGGGUCUGGUGAGCACCCUGACCAGGGAGGAGCCGUGUCUGGAGGGAGAGGCACACAGCCUGGCAGUGAAGCCUCUGGUCUGCCUGUUUCCUGUUGCAUUCAAAAGGAACCUCCUAGCUUUCCUUCACAGGACCUACACCACCGUGCCCAGAGACUGCCUGCUGGAUUUGGUCCGCUCAUUUGAACAGGACCCCAAAUCUGACUCUUGGGUUCAGGCACUGCUCGGGGUCCUAAAUCGGGACCUGGAAUCCUGCAACACUGCUGCUCCGAUCCAGCUGACCAGCGAGUGCCAACAGAGAGUGAAGCUGCUGUCGGAGAAAAUGAGAGCAGGCAGUGAGCUGGGCACCGGCAGGGGUCCACCAGGCAGGUGGAUGGGGUAUUUCAGUGCACACUCGGAGAACUACAGAAAGAGAAAGAGUGAGACCGUCGGGCUGACCCAGGGCAGGGCCUCGGACUCCGAGGACGGGGGGAGCCAGAGCAAGAAGCAGAAAGUGACCCACGCUGGCGACACCGCAGCUGCUUGUGGGUUGGAGGAGAAAGCUGCUGAGGAAAUCCUUGAUGGGCCUGUCUUGGACGAAGGUGGCGCAGGGGACUGUGGGCUGCUCGGAGGACUGAUGGCUUCAGGAGAGAACGAGAAGUUUCAGCCGAGCCAGGCGUCUGUCUCUGUGGUGUCUGAGGGACAGGGCACCUCCAAGACCGGCGCUGUUGGAGAGCUUCCUGACAGAAUUCGGUCUUGCGUUCCGAAGCUCAGGGAGCUACUGGAAUCGGAUAUGGAGAAAUCAGAGCCAGGCUCCAGUGAAGACCUGCAGUUGCUGAAUGAGUGCGAUCCAGCUCAGGUGGAGCUGUUGUGCAGGGUGCUGCGUCUCUCCGAGGUGCCCGAGCAGGUCUUGCCCCAGUUCUGCACCGUGCUGCUGGCACUGUCCCCCGAUCUGAGCUGCAGCACUGCAGCCGAGCUCGCCCGGAGUCUCUUCCUCAACAAGGUCCUCUCCCUGACGGAGCCUGCCUCCCGAUUCCUCACGACUGCAGUGACUUCGUUUUGCAGCCGCUACCCCCGGCCCUCCUGCUGCGCUCUCAUUGGACCCGUCCUGCAGGCCCGGUUCGCAGGGAGUGUUCAGAUGGAGCUGGUCUGCAGACUGAUUGAGGACUGUCUGGACCCUGAGCAUUACGUGCUGGUGUUUGAACAGGUGCUGAGCGUGCCGUGGAGCGAGGAGGUCCUGUCUGUCAUUCACUCCCUGCUGGACAGGAAGGUGGCGCUGUCCCAGGACCAGUUUGAGCAGUUUAUUGACAGGCUGAGCCAGGAGGCAGCCCACUUCAGCAAGUCCAUGAAGUUUGCAAAGAUGGUCCUUGCACUCCUGACCAAACACCAGAGCAGUGUAACCGGGACACACAAAAACACUUUGGCGUGCUCCCUCGCCUUAAACGAGACCUUCCUGAAGAAGUGUCUGCAAGCAGCCCUGAGGCGCAUCGCUGCUGUGUGAUGCCGUGGAGGA